AUGAUUUUUAACGACGACAGUCGUCGUUCCCAAGCAUCUGAUAGCAUUCAUAUUGAGCGCUUCUCGUUGAUUAAGAUUACAAAACGAACUACAAUGGGAGAUAAUACUUUUUAUUAUGAUCCUCAAGAAUUACAAACGUUCAUUGUCUUCAUCACUCAGGAUCUGAACGACAGACUUUUCUUGUCGAAAGCUUUUAUCUCGAUGCAAAGAUUAAACGAGAAUGUCGUGGAAGUUUCAAGAGGUUUUGUUACAGGAUAG